AACGUUUACGUUUAGGUUUGUUGAUUUGUUUACAAAUGUAGCACGUCUUGCGGUACGUCCUGUGACCACCUAUUUAUCUACGUUCAUAACGUACAGAGAAUUUUAGCUUAUUUAACCGUACGUACCUGCAGUAAACAACCAACGAUGGACACCAUAUUAGAACAACAGAGGCGAUACCAUGAGGAGAGAGAGCGACUUAUGGCCGCUAUGGUGAAAGAAUGCCUUCACAAGAAGAGUUCAAAUCGGGAAACAAUCAACUCCGAUCAUCGCCACCGAAUAUUGUUAGAUCGUUAUGUUGAAAGUUCACAGCACUUGCGAGACCUGUAUGAAGACAAAGAUGGACUUCGCAAAGAAGAAGUGGCAGCAUUAUCAGGUCCAAAUGAACUGGCUGAAUUUUACAACAGGCUUAAGCAGAUUAAGGAGUUCCAUAAAAAACAUCCAAAUGAGAUAAGUGUUCCCAUGAGUGUGGAAUUUGAAGAAAUCAACAAGCAGCGAGAAGCUAAUGAUGAAAAUCUCGUUAUGGUAGACUUUACAGAUGAAGAAGGUUAUGGCAAAUACCUGGACCUGCAUGAAUGUUACAAUAAAUAUCUGAACAUCAAAGGUUUAGAGAAGAUUGAUUACAUUGGCUAUUUAACAAUAUUUGAUCGCCUAUAUGAGAUUUCAAAGGAUAAAAAGACAACCCAAUACCGGGAAUACCUUCAUGUUCUCUUGGACUACUUAUAUUCGUAUGUUGAAAGAGUGAAGCCCCUCCUUGAUCUUGGUGAAGAACUUGAUGCUGUCAAUAAAGACUUCAAUGAGCAGUGGGAGGCAGGAAGAUUUCCAGGUUGGCCUAAAGAAACAGGUGGUGCCUUGGCUGCUAUGGGAGCUCACCUUGAUCUUUCAGCAUUUUCAUCAUCAGAGGAACUUAUGUCCUUGGGUUUAGAUCGACUGAAAUCUGCGCUUAUGGCUUUGGGUUUGAAGUGUGGCGGCACACUCGAAGAAAGGGCCCAAAGACUCUUCCAAACAAAAGGGAUGUCAGUUGAAGAGCUUGAUCCAUCUCUCUUUGCCAAGUCAAAACCAGGAAAAGUAACAAAAGGAAGAGAAACUGAGAAAAUCAAAGAACUUGCCAUGCUAGAAGCUCAAGUCUAUAGGUUGACUGAAAUUCUUAGUGAACAACGGAAUUCAACAAAGGAAAAUGUACAGCGGAAACAGGCAAGAAGAGAUGGUGAGGAAGAAGAAGACGAAGAAGCUUCAGCAUCAGAGUCUGAGGAUGAGGGUGAUGAUGAAGUACCAUACAACCCAAAGAACCUUCCUUUAGGAUGGGAUGGGAAACCAAUUCCCUAUUGGUUAUACAAGUUACACGGUUUGAAUAUAAGCUAUAAUUGUGAAAUAUGUGGGAAUUUCACAUAUAAAGGUCCUAAGGCUUUCCAGAGACAUUUUGCAGAAUGGCGACAUGCUCAUGGGAUGAGAUGUUUAGGUAUACCAAACACAGCCCACUUUGCAAAUGUCACUCAAAUUGAAGAUGCUUUGAAAUUAUGGGAUAAACUGAAAGUCCAGAAGUCAUCAGAACGGUGGAUGUCUGAACAGGAGGAAGAGUAUGAGGAUUCACAGGGCAAUGUCGUUAAUAGAAAAACUUAUGACGACUUGAAGAGGCAAGGUCUCUUGUAGACUUUUGUGUUUGUAAAUAGAGGAAAAUAACAUUUGCAGAUUAUAUUUUGGUUAGGUAUGAUUUUAAAAUUUCAAUCAUAAGAUGAAUAUUAUUGUUUGAUGGUGUAGCUUAAGUUGUGUUUUUAUUCAGGAUGUUUGGAUGUCAGGUCAUUCAUCCAAAGGACAGGUAACCUGUGAGUAUAUCCAUAGCUUGGAAAAAGUUCCUUUACCAUGCUGAACUAGUUUUAGUUACCUUGAGUUGCUAUAAAUAAUUGAUGGGAAAAGUUCUGAGAAGGCAUUGACCAAGAAGUUUUUUUGAGGUCAUUUGACCUAGAAUUAUGAUGUUACUUUUAGUACUGUUUAUGUUUACUUGCAUAUACGUACUGUAUAAAAUAUGUAGAAAGGGAAGUUAUAUGGAACAUAAUACAGUAAUAAUAGUGAAAGAUAAAUAUCAAUCUGAAGAAUAAAGAAACAGUAAUUUGUGAACUGAAAGCUACAUUAUGAGAAAUGGACAAGGUUGUCAGUAUAUUUCAAUAAAUAAGGAUAUAACAGGUUAAACAAAAAAAAUCCAAAAAGGAUAUUUUCUUGUGCAAUAGUACAACAUAGCACUGCUUACAUCCAAUUGGUGCAAAGUAUGAUUUAAAUAGGUAACUUGAUUAUCACCUGAAGCAUAUGACCACUAAAUAAGUUUUCUCAAAUCUCCCCAACUUAAUAGUCUUUGUCCAAAACAGGAGAUAUAAGUAUGGUAGUCUCAUAGCGUGUAACCCACCUGGACCCAUCAAUCAUCUUCCUCACUUUUUGCAAGUCUGCUUCUCAAGUGAAGGGCUGUGAUUGAAGAACCCUAUUUCUUCAUGUAUAAGCUAAUUAAUUUUUUUUUUUUUUUUAUUUCUCUCCUUCAUGACAUCUCUCUUUCAUGACAUUAUGAAAAGUGCAAUUACUUGUUUGUCAGGACAUCUUCCUGAUACUCUGUCAGGUGCCGGAUAAUUGCCAAUAGGUACACAUUUUUUUUACCAUGAGAAUUAUUGUUUUUUUUCACCAUUUUGCAAAUUUGUUUGUUUUUACUUUUUCUCAUGUUUUGGUUUGUCUGGUAAUAAUAUUAAGCACUUACCAUUAAUUUGUUAGCAGUCAGAGGUAGGUUUUUCUUGACUAUUUCACUGGUUUCUAAACUAUUAUGAGCAAAGAGGCGUUAUUUUUGGAUAAUGUUCUUUAUACCCUUUUAUUACUGUAUUUUUGUUAACAAUUUAAAGGAAAGCCCCAACACUACAAUCAGUUUGGUUCUCAUAAGUUAUGUCAGUGUUCUUUUAUUUUGUGAUUCUUGUAUAAUUUUGAUGCUCGUAAUUGUUAUAUAUUUUGGAUUUCAAUCAGAUUUUUUUUUUAUUAAGUUGCAAUGCUUAUGUUGGUUAAACCAGCAGUUAUUUGUCACUUUUAUUAUUGUUAUGACCUUUGUUAAUGCUCUCUUUUUGCUGUGCCUCAGUGAAUUUGUAAAGGUCUUCUAGGUAAGGCCUGUUAUGCCUUUUAUGUUAUCUUAUGACAAGAAACCUGCAUGUCUUGUGCAGCACCUUCUGCUUCUUUAGGAUAUGGUAGCCCAGCCUCAACCCUGAAAGGUGCCUCAGUAGUUGCACUAGGUGGUCAAGGAAUUUUACGUUGGCAAUUUCUGCUUCACCUGCAUUGAAGGAAGUCUUUGGAUAGUUCACUAGCUUCAUCCAACUCUCCUGCCCAGUCAUCUGUGCUUCUGCCCAGCCUGCUGCUCUUCCUGUCUGCUCAACAUCUUCUCUACCCCAGAUAUGCCAUACCUACUUACUACCCUACCUUCUCUACAUAUGCUCUGCUGCUUGGCUCCCAUUCAGCCUACAGACCCUGCAGUUAACAUACUUUUUUUUAGAAAGAUUUUUACCUGUCCUGACUUGAGGAUACUUUGUUCGCUUUUAAGUUCUGUGUAAUUCAGCAAAUAUUGAGACAAAUGAUGGAUGCUACUCUACACAUUCUGCUGUGCCUGAGUCUCCAGCAGUGGGUGCACUUUGGAGUAUUAACUGCUCCUCAUCUAGUGAUUACGUCUGUAGCAUUUACUGUUUUACAGCUGAAACAAGAACAACCUAUUUUAGGAAUCCAUUAUAAGAGGAGACCCAAUUGCCACUUUAGGAGACCCUCUUUGUCAGAGUAGCGUCAGCAGCUGCCGAGAUUGAGAGACUGCGUCCAUAUUGUUUACAUCCAGUCUUGGUUGUCCCACUGAAGAUGACAAUGAUAUCGUGACCUGGACAGUGUCAGCAAGAAGGGAUUUGUAACUGUGCUGAGCUUAAAUUGCUCACAUUAAGGUAGUUGUCUACCUUUUUGUUAAUGUGAGGAAAAAGCUGGACUGUGAAGUUCUCUCCAAGCUUACUAGAUUCAUUCUUGUUCCUGAAGAGUUACUAGAGCAUCAAUCUUCAAUAUGACCAGUACAGCAUCUCUGGUCUGUUAAGAAAGACAAUGUAGUGGCGUGGGUGCGUGGUCUUUGACCAGUUUUCACCCGAUAUACGCAUGCAUUGUCAGAUCUCACAAGAUUCCUUGCUUUUCACCUGUGAUUUAACCGGAUCCAGCUAGGCGCUAGAAAAUUGUCCUAUUGUUAAGACUUCAGGUUUGUAGAGAUUUGUAGCUUUGAAAAAUACAAAUUGUUUUGGGAAAUUUGUCAUUUUUCACACAAGAAACUCUGAGUAAAUGCUACCAGGUAUAUGUUCUAGAUGAACUUCUACUUUCAGUAGGUCAGCUACUGUUAGACGAUGGUAAUGGUGGCCCUUUUAGCUAAGGAAAGAGGAUGGCUUAACUCAAAAUUUCAAUUUGAGUCCUUUUGUUUUCCAAAUUGGGUACAUAUAAUUCAUGGGUUUAUGGAGAAAUAAAUAAAGUUUUAAUAACUUCUAAUUGGUGAAAAUCAUCAUUCAGAUCCAUCUGUCACAUAGUGAGUUUCUCCCAGUUUGGAAAGUGAUUAAUGGGUAUCUGAUGUUCAGUUGGCAUAUACCCCUUGAGCCUACCAUACUGCUGUUCAUAUGUUGGUUAAAUAUCAUUCAAGACCACAAAUGGUUUAAGAGAAAUAUCUAGACUAGAUAAACUCAGCCUCUGGUAAAUUGUCAUAAACAAUUGAUUAAUGAAGAGGGGUUUAUGUAUAAAAGUUAUUUUAAUGGAAGUACUAUAUCUUUUGGAUAAUUAUCUAUUGUAUCAGUAGUAAAUUCUUUGUAUGAAUGUUAUGUAUGUGAAUCUUGUAAUUUUGAAAAUACAUAAUGUGAAAAUUUCUCAAAAGAA